UAAUAUAUAUAAAAUUAUGAGAAUAUAAAAAAACAUGGAGUAAUGGAUAAAAUAUGAAAGAAAUAUCACACAUCAGUAUGACAGAUAAAAACUUUCCACUACAGUGCAUGCUGGUUGUGGCUAACAUGCUAAAUGCUAACAUGCUGAUGGAUGAUCCUCCACUUCACGUUCAGACAGGAAACCACAACACUGCCAGUCACACAGCCGGUCACACUGCUAGUCACAGAGGAAGGAGGGGGCUUUACUUGAUGCGACUAUGAAGUGAACAAAGGGUAUACAUCAUUUCACCAACUGUUACAAUGGAGGAAACAUCUCUACUCUGGCUGCUUUUUCUAAACUUACUGCUGAGCAGCACAACAAACCAAGCCUCUCUGAGUGUAAGUCCCAGCAGCUCUCAGAUGUUUAGAGGACAGCAUGUCUCUCUGAGCUGUGAGGAGGACGACAGCUCGGCUAGAUGGACUCUGAGGAGGAACACAGUCAAAGACAAAGAUGAAACCAGAGCGUGUGGGGUAGACUGGGGAAAAACUGUUGGUUCUUCAUGUAAAAUCAGCUACAUCCUCCCAUGGGACAGUGGAGCUUACUGGUGUGAGUCCAGAGAGGGAGCAACCAGUAACAGCAUCAACAUCACUGUCUCUGAUAAACCAGUGAUCCUGCAGAGUCCUGUCCUCCCUGUGAAGGAGGGAGAAGAUCUCACUCUGACCUGUAUAGCAAAGAACUCCUCCAACCUCCCAGCUGGUUUCUAUAAAGAUGGCUCCUUCAUCAGGACUGAGCCUGCAGGUCACAUGACCAUCCACCAUGUUUCCAGGUCUGACGAAGGCCUGUACAAGUGUCACAUCAGCAGUGUUGGAGAGUCUCCACCCUGCUGGGUCUCUGUCACAGGGAAACCAAAGACCACAAGCCCUCCUUCGAGCUCUCUGCCGACCCCUUACACAACAACAGCUCUGCCUCCUGACACAAUCUCAGACCGCCUCCACCUUCUGUUAAGACUAGUCGUCCACCUGGUGGUGUUCUGUCCGUACUGCAUCUCCACUUUCAUCAUGGUGUCUCUAUAUAGAGACAGGACUACAGGAAAUGACCUGCCCAUCUCCGUGGUGAUGACCCCGCCCACCCAGGCUGUGGAAGGAUUGGAAGAUAACUAUGAUGUCAUCACUGCUGUCACCACGGUACACCACAUCUGAACUGAUUUGAAAAGAAGCUCAAGUGUUUUGAGUCCUCAUAGAUCAGAAAAAGGGCGGAACUGAAAGGUUUUGUCUCAUUGCACAUCUUUGGUCUGGACUUAAGUAGCAGAUAGUUGAUCAGGUUCUGCUGUAAGUUGUGUUGUUGUUCAUGUUUGUUUGGAUGCCAAGUUUUCAAUCUCUUCAGAUCAAAUAAAUUAAAAUGAUGAGCGUC